AAAAAGCAUCUUUAAGGACUUUGUAGGUAAUUAAUUCAUGCAAAAAAAGUCGAGGCUUUUUAGCCAACAAAUAAUAUUAAAUAUAUAUCUCUGAGUCAAUAUAAAAAGCAUAGAUAUAUCAAUAAAAAAUGCUUUUGAAUCAUAAUUCAUCAGAAAAAAGUCCAUCUACAAAGAAGCAGAAGUUAAAUAAUUCAACUAUAUCUCCGGUAAAUCCUCAGGAAAUUAAUGAGAUUAUAAGCAAAUUAUCUAUGCCACUGCAUCCUGUUCGCGUUGAACAACAGUAUGCCAAUUGUCAAAAUGCUGCAAAUUAUACUGGUGGUGUUCAAGCAUAUGCAAAGCUUGCUGGAGCAACAUGGACGUAUUAUGUCAAAGCACUUAAUGUUACAAUAGGCAGGGAGCCCGAUCAUACAACAUCUAAAAACGAUAUUGAUCCGAAAUUUGAUAUUCAUGUUGAUCUAGAUCUUGGCCCUACCAAAAUUAUUAGUCGGAAGCAUGCAGUCAUUGAAUAUGAUCUUCAAAGACGAUUUUGGGAGUGUAUAGUCUAUGGAAGAAAUGGCCUUAAAAUUGAUAAUAAACUCUAUAAAAAUAACAAAAGAAUAAGACUCUCUAAUGGAAAUAUUCUCGAAAUUGGUGGUGUUCAAAUGAUGUUCGUAUUACCAGAUUCAGUUCCAAAGAUUUCUAUAAAUGCUCUUAAUUAUAACAGAGAUGAUAUUAUAUACGAUGAAUAUAACCAGGUUCAAAAAAAAUCUCAUAAUAUCAAAAAAACAUCAUUUUCAUCGGGCUAUAAAAAAUCUCAUAACGAAUCCUGUCGAAAUAAUUCAUUGUCUAUGCUUUGUUUUUCUACAUCUUCUACAGAUUAUAAAAAUAACGAUAUUACUCCUGAGAGGGAUUUAAGUCUCGAUUCAUCGAAAGAUAUUAAACCUCCAUAUAGCUAUGCUACAAUGAUUGCUCAAGCAAUUAUGUCAACCGAAGAGGAAAAGUUAACAUUAUCUGGCAUUUAUUCAUGGAUAUCAAGCAAUUAUGCAUAUUAUAGAUUUUCCAAAAGUGGAUGGCAAAAUUCCAUAAGGCAUAAUCUUUCGCUUAAUAGAGCUUUUCGUAAAGUUCCUCGUCGUGCAGAUGAACCAGGAAAAGGAAUGAAAUGGCAAAUAACUCCUGAAUACCGCGAUGAGCUUAUAAAAAGAACAAAAAAACAAGGGAUGCAUCGAAAAAUUAAAUCUAUCAAUUCAACACUAGAUACAAAUUCUCUAAAUUCCAAAAUAUCACCAAUUUUAUUAGAAUCAUCAAUUCAUAAUAAAACGAUUUUGGAUCCACCUUCAACUCCCAUUUCUUCAAAAUACUCUAGCAUAAGAAAUCAAAAUGGUUUUUUUCCGGGAGAUACAACAAAUUAUGAUUCUCAUUCCAACUUAUUUUUUUAUGGAAAUCAAACAAACACAAUCAUUACAACCCCCCCUAAUAUAGCUUCACCUAUAGAUUCAUAUAAACAUGCAUGUAUAAUAAAACAACCAAACUUCUUUACACCGGAUCAUGGCGGAUUUACCUCAAAAGAAUCACUAUUAGUAUCAUCAAAUCAUGGCAUAAAUCAUCAUUCGUAUUAUCCCACAUCAUCUCCUGCACCUUUUUGGCGCUAUAUGGUCAGUUCUUCUAUAAAUAAUACGCCAAAUAAAAGUUCUGAAAAUCAUACUUAUUCUUGUUAUUCAUCACCACCCGCAUCUGUCUCCCAUAAAAUAGAGACAUUUGCACAUGACUUGGCAGAAUUAAAUACUAUGGAAAAUAUUCUUGAUCUUCAGGGUGUAGAUUUGGCUAAAGGUUUUGAAAAUAUUAGUAAAUGGAGAGAAAACCAAUUACAAAAUAUGGUACUUAAUGAUUCACGCUCAUAGUUUCCUGAAUCAUUCUUAAUUUCAUAAAUACAUAUACCAAUUAUUUAUAGU